AUGUUGCUACUUUUAAUUCUGCUCACUAUUUUAUGCACGGUUACCACAAACUCAGACUGGUGCUAUCAGUCCCAAGUAUCUUGCAACCACACAUGCAAAGGACCAGAAGAAUGGGCGACAAUAAUCCCAAUGUGUGGACAUAGAAAACAGUCACCCAUCAACAUUGUAACAAAGCAAGUCCUUCCAGACAAUCGUCUGACCCUAGUACAGUUUAAAGGCUACCAGGAGACAUUCAGUAGUGUCAUUUUAAACAAUGGCCACACAGUGCAAGUUAAUUUGCCCAACAGUGCGGUAAUAAACGGGGCUGACCUAGGAGCCACUUACAAAACCCAUCAAUGUCACCUGCAUUGGGGUAAGAAUGGUGGACAUGGAUCAGAACAUACUAUAGAUGGAGAGCAAUAUCCAAUGGAGCUUCAUAUUGUCCAUAUUAGAGAAAAUUACAAAUCUCUGGAAGAGGCUGUUAGUGACCCGUCUGGGGUGGCUGUACUUGGAUUUUUUUAUGAGGAAUCAGAAACUGCCAAUAAAAAUUAUGAACCCAUCAUAAAUUCUCUGAAUAAUAUUACACUUCCAGGCACUAAUGCAACACUUGAGGCUGUGUCGCUAGAUAUGCUCAUUCCAUCUCAUGAUACCUUGGAGAAAUACUUUCGCUACCAGGGUUCUCUCACCACACCAGACUGCUCUGAAGCUGUUGUCUGGACAAUAUUUCAGCAAACCAUACCGCUCAGCAAAGAACAGCUUUCUGCAUUUUCAAAUCUGCGGUUUGACAAUCGGAGUGCCAUGAUAAACACUUACCGACCCGUUCAGCCGCGGUAUGGGCGUGAGGUGUAUCGCUCUGGGAGUUAUAUGUUCUAUGUUAGCACUAUGUUAUUUGUCAGCUCAGUUUUAACAACCCUCUAUGUUCACACAAAAUGA